UUGUGGGAGGUUUAGGGAGAAGAAUCAAUGGCAUAUAAGGUAGAUCACGAGUACGAUUACCUUUUCAAGAUCGUCCUGAUUGGAGAUUCCGGUGUCGGAAAAUCCAACAUUCUUUCGAGAUUUACACGGAAUGAGUUCUGCUUGGAGUCUAAAUCCACCAUUGGAGUCGAAUUCGCUACCAGAACUCUUCAGGUUGAGGGCAAGACAGUGAAGGCACAAAUAUGGGACACAGCAGGUCAAGAGAGGUACCGGGCCAUCACAAGUGCUUAUUAUAGAGGUGCAGUUGGUGCACUCCUGGUAUAUGACAUAACCAAGAGACAAACCUUUGAGAAUGUCCAAAGGUGGCUCCAUGAAUUGAGGGACCAUGCUGACUCCAACAUUGUCAUCAUGUUGGCUGGAAACAAGUCAGACCUGAAUCAUCUUAGAGCAGUCGCAGAUAAAGAUGCUCAGCUCUUGGCUGAGAAGGAAGGGCUGUCAUUCAUCGAGACAUCAGCAUUGGAAGCAUUGAAUGUUGAGAAAGCAUUCCAGGCAAUCUUGUUCGACAUAUAUCAGAUAAUAAGCAGGAAGGCAUUGGCAGCUCAGGAGGCAGCUGGGCUUCCUGGUCAAGGUACCACCAUUAACAUUGGAGACUAUUCGGGUGACCAAAAAAGACCUUGUUGCUCUAGCAAUUAACAAGGUUCUCCUAUUUGGGAGGCAUAAAAGAGAAUUAAGCGCCUGCUUGAAACACAAAUUUUGUUCCAUCGUGACAAACACGGGCAUACACACUGCCUUCUGACAUAGCUUUCCCCUACAUGCCAUGUGAGAGGAUCAUGUAGACCCUGACCUUAUACAUGACAGUAUUAGCCGUCUCCCUCACUGGAACUGUGGAAGACGGAUUGGAAAAUUGGUGUCUCAUUAUGAGCAGGGGGUAGAGGGUAUGAAGAAGACCUUGUAAGAGUAGUUUACUUCAUCAUUUUUUCUCAAAUCUUUGAUCAACCUUUGUCUGUUCAUUCUUAUUAA